AUGUCCUUAUCUCACCCUCGUGAUAGGUAUAAAGAGCCAUCGACAAAGGAGACGUUAGUCCUGGCGUCCUUUCUAGUGCUUUUGCAGGUCGCCAGGACUGCUGCCCAGAAGCUUUUCAGAGCUGAGAUCAUUGGAAUGAUUAUUCUGGGUUCCAUUUACGGGGCUCCCCUCACAGGGUGGUUACCGAAAGAGUGGCAAACUACUUUUACGGCCUGUGGUUAUUUGGGCCUCAUCCUGCUCGUUCUGGAAGGUGCCCUCUCCACUGACCUCG